ACACUUUCCGGUUACAAGAGCAGCGUAUUUGUGGCGGGAGUUUUCCCAUAUUGUUGUCAAGGUUGGUUCUUAACAGCGAAUUAAGUGUUGAUCCGUGCAUUAGUUUGGUGUAAAAUUGACAUGGCAAUGAACGGCGAUGGAGUGCAUGGACUGAACGGAGAGACGGUGGCCCCAUCUGAAGCUAAACACCCCAAUGGCACUCCUAGCAAGUCAAACAUAGCCUGUGAAAACGGCGAGGCAGAAAUCCCCGCUGCUAAGCAAAAUGGAACUAAGAGAAGAACCCCAACUGAUACGUUCUCUUUCACUGCCGAACCUACCAUCGAUGACAUACGACGGAUGCAAGCGGAAUUUACUGACGAGCGAGACUGGAACCAGUUCCACCAACCCCGCAACCUCCUGCUAGCUAUGGUCGGAGAAGUGGGCGAGGUAUCUGAGCUGUUCCAGUGGCGUGGCGAGGUGACCGAAGGACUUCCCGGCUGGACCGACUCCGAGCGCGAGCACCUGGCACAUGAACUCAGCGACGUCCUCAUCUACCUAGUUGAGCUGGCCGAGAAAUGUCAUAUCGAUUUACCCCAAGCAGUGCUGCGCAAAAUGGCCCUAAAUAGGCUGAAGUACCCUGCCAGCAAGGUGCAUGGCUCGUCUAAGAAGUACACUGAAUACAAGGACUGAGCGAUUGCAUGCUGUCAUGCCCAAUUGGCGUAAUGAACACACCCCUGCAUUUACAAAUUAGACAAGAACUGAAAAUUACUGUUCAACUUCAGUUAAUGGCAAUGGAGAAUGUUUAAACAAUCUUUUAUUUAGGGCACUACUGUAUCUCAAUAGUUGGUCAAACUGCCAUUAGCUGCUUUUAGUUUUAUAAAGUGCUUUUUAAUUCGUGUUUUUCUUUAACUAUAUGGGUAUUCAUCUUUGGACUUCCCUCUGAUGGUUUGUCAUUUUAACUGUUCCCCAAAGUCAAAUGUAUAGGCCCUUGUAAAAAGUAUAUUUUAUUUUUCAUAGUAUGAGUAACUACAUUUAAAUCUCUUAAAUCCAAAUUGUUGUCAAUGAUCGAUGGAAGCUAUGUUCUUUUGUUGCUUUAAAUUCAAUGUAUGUGUGCAACUGAUAGAAUCUUCCUCCCAAAAGUAAAAGUGCCUUCAACUGCUGUCCUGCAGAUGCUAUGUAAUUUAUGUAUUUUGACUCUGUAAUGCAUUUAUCAAUCAGAUGUAAUCACUAUUGCCUUAUUUACUUCCCUGGGAAAUUAGCUACAAUGGGAGAUGGGGAAAUUAACACACACACACAGCGCUACUAUGGGAGAUGGGGAAAUUAGUGAGCUACUCUUGUAGCUGUUCAUUUUGAUAAGCAGUCUGUUAAACAGUAGUGUUUCAUGGCUCCAGGCCUAUGGUUAGUGAUCCAAUAUGAAUUGAAUAUGAAUAGCCUUCAAUAUGAAGGCUAGCCAAUGUAUAUUUGGACACAUCCGAUGGUUUAAUGAGCUACAAGUAUACUGAAAAUAUAAAUGCAACAAUUUCAAAGAUGUUACUGAGUUGCAAUUAAAUGAUAUUAGGAUUGAAAUAAAUUCAUUAGGCUCUAA